AUGUCCGGUCAAGAAGACGCAGAGGACUCUCGGCGCCGCUAUGGCCACUCAUACAGUCCACAUCAUACCAUCCCCACUAUUCAGAAGUACCUGCAUGAAAAGGAGGAGCGAAAACAGAGAGCAGCGAGCGGUAAUGUAGAUGGCGGAGAUGCCGAGCAGCUCGAGCCGUCAAGAACGGAACAAGCAAAAGACUAUGUCCAAAACUACUGGCAGUCGGAGAGCGAGAAGAAGGAGACCGAGCAGCAGAGGCAAGAUCACGCUCCUGACGGUAAGCUUCCACACGAUGAGGAUGGUGGCAAUGAUGCAGAGGACUACGAUGAUGAGGAGCCGGUUGUCGACACCACUGAAGGUGCGCCCAUGGAGGCCGAUGCGAAGCAACAUCGCAAAGGGAUGAAGAAGCGGAAGGACGAGCGAGCAGAGCGGGAGGUUACGGACCCGAUCACCCACUUGCCGGUGACUAUCCACGACUACACGUCACAGGCAUUAAAAGAGGUGCCCGAGAAUGCUCCGCCCAUGGGCGCCACCACUCGGUCGGCGACCGGGGUAGGUAACAAGACCAAGUCGAACCAGCAGCUUCAGAAGGAGCGAACAGAUAUGGAGAAAGGGCAGGAGUCAAUGCAAGCGCUCUUUCCGCCCCCCGAGUAUGCUGCGGUCAGAGAUCAGAUUGCUACGAUCAACAUGCAGGGCAUGAUUGCGGGCUUGGUAGGCACGGUGGUGAUCAUGUUCGUUGCUGUGGCUCUGCAGAGGUUGCUAGAGAUGCAGCGAGUACCAAAAGCAACAGCCGGGCAAGGGCAGGCUCGGUUUUGGACGAACACUGCUGUUGGGACCAUACUCAUUGUUGCAAGCUUAGGUAGCAUCGUGGCCGUUUUUCUUGGUCUACGCGGAUGGGUCCUUAGCCGGAUACAGCAUGCUUGGGAUGAUCAUAUCUGGGAAGCAAAUCGUGCAAGCAUCCGUCGCAGCGCCAAGGCCCACGAAAUGGAGUCUGUUGCAUGGCUCAACUCACUUAUGUCGUCUGUUUGGCCUCUGGUCAACCCUGAUAUGUUCACAAGCUUGGCUGAUACGUUGGAGGACGUCAUGCAAGCCUCGCUGCCGCGGAUCGUCCAAAUGGUCAGUGUCGACGACGUCGGGCAAGGCAGCGAGAGCAUUCGCAUUCUUGGGAUCAGGUGGCUGCCAACCGGUGCCGCCGCACGUUCAGUGGCCCAGGAUGGGAAUCUGAAACCAGGAAAGGGCAACAAGCAUGAGAGUGACCGCACAGUACCGGGUGAAGGCGACAUGGACAACACACAAGUUGCCGAGGGCAUGGAAGCAGAAGAAGGCGACUUCAUUAACGUCGAGAUCGCCUUUGCCUACCGUGCGCGGUCCAGUGGAAAGCUCUUCAAGGACCGGGCCAAGGACAUGCAUCUGUACCUCGCGUUCUAUCUACCCGGGAAGCUAAAGAUACCGGUCUGGGUUGACGUCCGCGGCGUUGUUGGAACGCUGAGAGCACGGCUGCAACUUUCCCCCGACCCACCCUUCUUCGCUCUUUGCACCCUCACAUUCCUUGGUCAGCCGAAAGUCGAUCUGAAUUGCUUCCCGCUCAUCAAGCACGGCUUCAACAUUAUGGAUCUUCCGCUUAUUAGCAACUUCGUGCAGUCCUCCGUGGAUGCGGCAAUGUCGCAGUACGUCGCACCGAAAAGCUUGACGCUUGAUCUCAAAGACAUGCUGUCCGGUGAUGACUUCAAGAAGGACACUGCUGCCCGGGGUAUACUAGUGGUCCAGAUCAAGCGAGGGUACGACUUCAGAACCGGGGAUCCUGGCAUUCCUCUCAUAAAGCAGGCCGGCGCAGAUCCUUACGUCUCCGUGGGAUGGGCGAAGUUUGGCAAGCCAAUGUGGAGCACCCGCGUGCUCACGAAGGAAAUGGAGCCUUGCUGGGAAGAGACGGCGUACCUGCUUGUGACUCCAGAAGAACUCAACGUCGAUGAGCGACUACGCGUGCAGCUAUGGGACUCGGACCGCUACAGCGCCGAUGACGACCUCGGCCGCAUUGAGCUAGAUCUCAAGCAGCUGAUGAAAGGCCCCGAGACCAAUUGUCACAUGCAGCAUCGUAGUGAUGGUUUCCGAGCGCUUAAGGGAGAUGAGGACAUGCCGGGCAAGCUGGACUGGUCUGUGGGCUACUUCUCCAAGACUAGGAUUCAGAAGUGCCAACUCGAGCAGCAGACCUACGAUCCAGACGUCCGCACCGUGGACCAGCUCGAGGAGAAAGUCAAGCGCGUCUGUGAGCGCAAGAUGCGUGAGGCGGCCAUCAAGGAGGGUAGGGAGCAGAGGGACAAAGACGAAUUGAAGCAGCAAGAAGCACAGGAGAUGAAGGCAAGACAAGACGCCAUGAUUAUUUCAGCACCUCCUCCCGAAGGCUACAACUCCGGCAUCUUCAGCAUACAGAUCCAUCAGAUCACAGGCCUCGAGUUUGAGCACCGCAAUAAGGAGAAGGCGGACGCGCAGGCCGAUGAUUUCGACGAGGAUGAGGAAGGCGACCAAUUGCCCUCCGCUUACUGUACGGUUAUCGUCAAUCACGAGAAGGUCUUUAAAACUCGUACGAAACCCAAGAACGCGAAGCCUUUCUACAAUGCCGGCGUCGAGCGCUUCAUCCCAGAUUGGCAGAAUGCGGAGGUCUACCUGUCCGUCCGCGAUAAAAGGAUCAAGGAAGACGAUCCGUUACUGGGCAUCGUACACCUACCGCUUGGUGAAGUGUUUAGUAAACGCUCGCAAGUCAACGGCUUUUACCCGCUUAUGGGUGGGAUUGGGUAUGGUCGCGUGCGAAUCUCCAUGGUGUGGCGGAGCGUACAGCUGCAGGCGCCACCGCAGGAUCUGGGGUGGUCGUGUGGCACGCUGGAGGUGCAGUCGGGUGUUUCCGCCGUGGAUCUACCAAGCGAGUAUCAGUCGAUGAAGUUGAGGUUCCACACAGAUCUGAGCUAUGCGAAGAUGUACCCGAGUAGCAAUGGUGAAGGCGCUGCUUGGGAGGCUCGAAAGCAGCAGAGCCUGAAACUACCGGUUAAGCGUCGGUACCAGAGCUGUCUGGCGGUGGAGUUUCGCAAGACCGGCCUCGGGAAGGGCAAGACGGGCGCAUUCGCCAUCUUGUGGCUACGCGAAGUUGCUGAUGAGAAGGAGGCGGAAAUGGAGGUACCGGUGUACACGGGUGACUUCCAGCGUGCGAGAGCGACAUGCAUCGAGAACGCCGGCGACAGAGUGGGAAGUAUCAAGCUUAAGCUUACUUUCUGGAGCGGACUUGGUGGCGCUCACUCCGAAUGGGCGAAGAAGGACCCUAAUAUGCACGAUGUUGUUGACGUUCUGGAGGUAGCGCGGGAGGAGCUCGAGUCGCAUCAGACCGCCAAGCGAGCCGGCAUUCUGGACGAUACUGAUGAUGGACUAGACAGCAUCAACAGUGGCGCAUUGGUCAAUGGCCAUGCUGUAAACGACACGCGAAAAGCAGGUGAUGAUGACCGAGGGGGAAAAGACGUCGAUGGCGAUGGCGAGAAGAGCAAGACGACCGUCCUUGAUAGUGCGCGAGAUUACAAGAAGCACAUGCAGAGCUCACACCGACGGCAUCGAGGGCUUAUGCAGUGGAAGAUCCCACGCACCAUGCAAUGGGGCGUGCACAAAGCCGAAAACACCGGUCACCGUCUCAGCGGCCUCUUCAAGCACCAUGGCAGGGAGCCCGGUGUGGAGACCGAAGUGUAG